UACAGAACAAAAGAGGUUUGGGCGCCAAAUCUCUUAGACCUUUGUUAAUCCAAACGAAAACACACAAACACGCAAAUCUCACCAUUGCCCACAUCAAUCAGGAACAAGAUCCUUGGCAGAAGCACGUCAAACAAAUUCAAUAUCAGGCAGAAGAAGGAAAUUCACAAGGCUAAGGUGCAUCAAUCGGGCAGAAGCAAGGCGACCUAGGGGCUGAAGGAAAGGGGCAUCUUGUUCCCCAUGGCUUCUUCAAGCAUCGAUCCUCGAAUCCAUGAGGACGGUGAUGAAUCUCAGGGACCAAAAGUAUAGCCUUCAUGAUCUCUUUUCAUUGUUCUUUUCCUUGUAGAAUGUACUGAUUAAUUUUCCCUGCUGAUAAAGAUCAAAAAUGCCUUCACGAUUGUAGAUUGUUAAUUCUUCCUUAUGAAAACAAAAUUGAAAAUGUCGAUCAUGAUCAUAAAACAUCUGUGUUUGCUUCGUAUAGGAUGAUACAACUUAUGGAUCGGUUAUAAUUAUACUAGCCUUAUGCCUGGUACAUGAAGAAACUGCACAUGUCAAAAUAGAUGCUUAAUACUCAGUUAAUACUCUAGUCAGCAUAUUCUAAUAAAACAGCAGCCCGUGCAUAUUAGUCUACAUUGUUUGAUAAUACUGUUAUGACAUGGGUAAUCUUUUUUUAAUCUGUGUUUCAUAAAUCCAGUCAAAUUACGCAUGGUAAGCACAAUACAACAUAUGUGAAAAUGUGCAUUAACAAAAUUGAAUACUAAUUCAUACAGGAUGUGCAAGAAAAUGUUGCAACAAAUUGUACUGACAACAGGUUACCAAAGAUUGACAUGACAUUUUUAUCGGAAGAGGAGGCCUACUCAUUUUAUAACAAAUAUGCAAAAGCUACUGGUUUUAGCAUCCGAAGAGGAAGUCACCAUAAAGUGAAGAAUACUACUGUAAUACAACAACGGACAUUUAUGUGCUCCCGUCAAGGAUUCCGUGCUGAAGAUAGCAGAGAGGAUUCUUUCAGUUACAGUAGGCCCGAAACACGAUGUGGUUGUCAAGCCCAUAUGAAGAUAAGUCUCAAAAAUGGAUUAUAUUAUGUGUACGAAUUUGAGGCAGCACAUAACCAUCCUCUUGCUACUGGAGACAUGGCCCUAUACUUAAGAUCCCAAAGGAAAGUCACAGAAGCACAAAUAGCAAACGCUGAAGUCGCAAAGUCUGUGGGCAUUUCAAAUAAAGCAACUAUAGAUCUUAUGGCCAAAGAAGCAUGUGGACUUCCAAAUCUUGGGUUUGCACCCGAAGAUAUGAAAAAUCGUUUGUACUCUAAGAGAACACUGCAAGCAAAGAAAGGAGACACAGGGGGGGUGUUAGAAUACAUGGAGAAGAAGGUAAAAGAAGAUGCCAAUUUUUUCUAUUCAAUUCAAGUUGACGAGGAUGAUCUGAUAACUAAUAUUUUCUGGGCUGAUUCGAAAAUGAUAUCAGACUAUGCAAUGUUUGGUGAUGUUAUAUGCUUUGACACCACAUAUAGGAAACUAGAUGAUGGGCGUCCCUUUGGUUUGAUUGUUGGGGUGAAUAAUCACAAGAAAACCAUGGUCUUUGGUGCUACACUUCUCUAUGAUGAAACUGCUGAAAGUUUUGGUUGGCUUUUUAGAACAUUUCUAAUAGCUAUGUCUGGGAAACAUCCAAGGACUAUUCUGACCGAUGAAGAUGCAGCAAUGGCCAAGGCAAUCAGUAAAGUCCUUCCUCAGUCUCACCAUAGACUUUGUGUGUGGCAUAUGAAUCAAAAUGCUUGCAAGCACCUUGCUGGGGUUGUUGAAGAAUAUAAGAAGUUCAAUGCCGAUUUCCAGCAUUGCAUCUAUGAUAUUGAGGAAGAAGACGAUUUUAUAAAUGAAUGGAAUAGAAUGCUAGACAGGUAUGGACUCCGUGACAAUACGUGGCUGCAAAGGCUGUUUGAGAAAAGGGAGCAAUGGGCACUAGUGUAUGGCAGAAAUACAUUCUCAGCCCACAUGAGCACUACCCAAAGAAGUGAAAGCAUGAAUGAUGAACUAAAGCGGUACAUUAGUAUUAAAUAUGACAUGCUUACUUUUUUUGAGCAUUUUGAGCGUCUAGUUGCGGAUAAAAGAUUUGUAGAGGUGAAGUGUGACUUCAAGGCGUCACAAACUACUCCCAAGCUGAAGGCAGAAGGUAGCUAUGUGUUAAGGCAAGCCGCAACUACAUAUACUCCCGCAAUAUUCAAGAUGUUUCAGGAGCAAGUGCUUCGGACCCUGAACUAUGACACAUUUCUUUGUGAUUCAAGUGAUAAAGAGAAGAAGGUUUACACAGUAAAAUUUCAUGGAACGCAGCGCGAGCAUGUUGUCAGUUUUUAUCCAAAUGAAGAAAAGGUCAAUUGCAGUUGCAAGAAGUUUGAAUUUGCUGGAAUCCUCUGCUCUCAUUGCUUAAAGAUACUUGAUAUUAAUAAUAUCAAGCAUAUCCCUGAACAAUAUAUACUGAAAAGAUGGACAAUUGAUGCGAAAGUGCUAGAGAUAACAAGCAAUCGCAAUCUGCAUGAAGAUCUAAAAGCAAGAAUGUCGAACUUUUACAAGGACUUGUGCAGAAUGUUUAUCCACAUAGCUGCUCGCGCCGCAGAGUCCGAUGAAACAUAUGAUAUGGCUGCUAAAUGUGCAGAGCAGCUAGCACGAGAUGUGGAGCAAAGCUUGAAAAUCAGAGUUGAUCCAGACCCAAAUCCAGAUUUGGGUGACUCCUCUGUUUCACAAGGUAUAUAG